UCAACCAGCCGUCAUUGUCAAAAUAAUUUCCAGCUGUUCUCUGUUUUAAAAUUAGUUUAAAAAUAUUUAUUAGCAGAAACAAGUAAAUAAGGACUAGUACAAAGCAGUUCAGAUCUUAAAUUGUGAUCUAAUUGAUAGUUAUUUAUUAUAUUUAACUAUAUAUGUACACCAAGAUUCUUGCUUAGUAAAAGUUAUGUGUUUGUUUUGAAUCGUGUUGAUUUUAUUUAAUCACAAUGGGAAAUCAGUUAGUGGGAGUUGCACCGUCUCAAAUUUAUCCAGUAGAACAUUAUUUGAGCGACCAUGCUGAUUUGUCAUUCGAUCAGAGUUUGGGUUCUACAAGGUUCUUGAAGGUAGCGAGGGCUCGUUCUCAAGAAGGUUUGGUGGUGGUUAAAGUUUUUGCUGUUCACGAUCCAUCAUUGCCUUUAGCUGAACACAGGGAGAGGAUAUUGAAGAUAAAGGAACAACUUGCCUCUGCAUUUAACUGUUUGCCAUUUCAGAGAGUGAUACUCACAGAUAAAGCAGGCCUCUUGAUGAGAGAGUACUGCAAAUGCAGUGUUUAUGAUCGUAUGUCAACUAGGCCGUUUCUAACAGUUCUUGAGAAGAAAUGGAUAACAUUCCAAGUUCUGUAUGCUUUACAUCGUAUGCACAAAUUGGGAAUAUGUCAUGGUGAUAUCAAGGUACACCAUACUAUAUUAUGUUGUUUAAUGAUAUUUACUUUAUAUUAUUUGUGUAUUUUUUACAAUAAAUAAAACGAAUAUAAUGUUAUAUUAAAACUAUUAUAUGGCCUGUUCAAAUUAUUAAAUAAUCAUAGUG